AUGUUGAACGAGGCUAAUUUAAAGGAUGUAAUCGCAUUCGAUUGUGAGACUGAUGGAAGUAUUUUGGCAUCAUUAUCAACAUUUCAACGAAUGUGGUUAUCAAAUGAAGAAUAUGAUGAAAGUGCAUUGUUAAUUGUGCACAGAAAAGGCAAUGUGUGUGUGUGUAAAGGCAAAUACUCAAAACGUUAUUUUGAUCAACGAACGUCAUUAAUUAAAGUGUCAACAUCCAAAAACGAUUAUAUAAUUGAUGUACAAUCACCACUAAUGGAUGCUGACGAUGUUUUUCUAUUAAAUGAAGUUUGCAUGUCCAAGUCUAUCGUCAAGGUUAUACACGAUGUUUCUCAAGAUCCGAGAUAUCUCUUGAAAGAUUUCAACAUCUCGUUUCAAAACGUGUUCGACACUGAGCUGGCUAUGCGCGAAUUGCAACAUUCUCGAUCAAAUUUUGCUCAUUGUAUGGAACAAUAUUUCAAUAUAAACAUCAACGAUGAUAAAUAUGCAAUGAAACAGUAUGAUUGGGGUGAUCGUUGUGUUAUUCCAGAUGUAGUCCUUUGGUCAUUGUGUGAACAAUCGUACAUGUAGUAGAUGAUCAUCUCUUUCUCUUACUUUUGCGUUUCUUUGUUUACAGAUCGUCACGUGAUGUUAGAAAAGCAUAUGAAUAUUGGAAUUACAACACGACUAGAAUGUCAUCGGAUAUUUUUUCGUCGAUUUUAAAUAUUAUCUCUCCAUGUGAUCAUGCGUACGUAUCUCGAUAGAGUUUCUAUCAGAGUGUAACAGACCUGCCGUCGCAAGUUGGGUGACCGGACUGAAUGUCGCAAGACAAAAUGUCGCGGAUAAAACGUUGCAAGACAAAAUAUCGCGGACAUAUCGUUGCGGACAAAUGGUUGGAAAAAAAACGUCGCAUGGACAAAUGGUUGCAAGGACAAAAUGUUGUAUGGACAAAAUGUUGCACGGACAGAUAGUUGCAAAGACAGAACGUCGCAGGACAUAACGUUGCAA